AAAAGCAAACGUCAACUGUCACAUGACAAUCAAAAUUUGGUCAAGGUUAUGUUAUGUGUUUUGUUCUAACGGUGCAUAUAAUUAUCAAGUUUUUUUAUGGUUUUGUCCAAAGAAGUCGUACAAAAUAUUUACUAUGCAUAGAAAUAGGGUAUGGUGUAAAUUUACAUCAUUAUGCAGUAUUGUCAUCUGUGAAAAUAUUUUGACAGAUAAAGCCAUAGAAGAAUAUCUAACACAGCUGGAGGAUGGUUGGCUGUCGGAAGACGGAAUGGAGGCUGAAGAUUCUGACGAUGAUAACUUACCUGAUCCUCACUAUACAAGAGACGAACCUCUAAGUAUAUUAGAUGAUGUAAAUGAUGAUGAAGACUGGCAGGAUGUUAACGAAAAUGACCCUCCUCUUGUUGAAGAAAUGGUGGAAGAACAAGAAAGCCAAAGCAGAGUUCCUUGUGGUGCUAUUUUCAGCACAUUAUUGGACAAAAGAAAACUGAUUUGGAAAAAGAGAAACAUGGAAUUAGAUGAGGAUAAAAUUACAUUCUUAGGCAGGAGACAGCGACGCUGGAAUCUUAUGCUGGAAUCUGUUGCUGCAGACUACCAGGUUUCGAGCCCCGGCGUAGUCGGUCAGCCUAUGUCCGUUGCCGGUUGUUUCAUUGUGCAGACUGAAUUUCCCGACUGA